CCUAUCCUGGAGCUACUGGUGGUAUACUCCUAGUAGUCCUAGUGGGUUCCUGCCAUUCAAUUCUGUCUGUAUGGUACGGAACGGCACGGUGUUGUGGAAUCAGGCCGUACAACGACGACAGUAACCAUUUGUUCGGCAUCAAGAGCACACUCCAAUUUUCACUGCACAUCUUCAGUUUAUCCCUUAGCAGAAUUUACGUUGUUCUAGCAGGUGCACUAUCACAGACAGUUAUGGUUAAUAUUCAGUUAAUGACACAACAACUUUUAACCCUAAAUAUUUGGCUGAUCGUUGGCAUUGUGAUAAUGCUAAUACGCAAUAGGGUAAAUGGCCAGCUAACUUCCUUAAAUGGUGCCACCGGAAGAAAUUCAGACUAUGGUCCAACGAAUGGAAAUUCUGGAAGUAGCGGUGGUGGAGGCGGUAAUGGUGAAGUACUUUUAUCAAAAACUUCACCCUUGAGUGCACAAGAGCCAACUUGUGAGGAAUUACGAGCAAUGUGGCGAUUCUCUAAACGGCAAUCACGAGCAGCAGAAGUAACAAACGAAAUACCUACAUAUCGGGAUCCAUUUGCGUAUAAUAUUUGGGAGCCGUAUAUUGCAACAACUCGCAGUAUAGGAGGGGUACGCAUAACACCACGUUAUCGUGAUGCAACGAGACCGGUUUAUGGUCGUAUUCUUCAUCGGGAACCAUUAGCAAUUAUGGAUAGAAAUCGUGCGGCUAUUGAGGAUUUUUCGCGUGGUGGUUAUGGGCUACAAGAUGGAUCAUCAUCGAAAAUGCAAUCCACUGAGCCACGACGACGAAUUCAAUUUCGAUUUGCUGGCUAUGGUCCAGGUGUUGGCGGUGGUAACACCCAAAAUUUACUUACAGCGCAUCAUGGAAGUUUUCAAAAAUUGAAGGAAUUAAUUUGGACGGAACGGGCCAGAGAACUGGCCACACAACGGAAAGCUGAAGAAUUGGCAGCUCGGGCGGCGACCCUCAAAGAUGUUGCAAAUGGGCAAAAUUUCGCGUUCCGCCGCCAAUUGCAACAGCAAAGUGUAUCAAUGACAGAUGAAAAUAGAAAUCCUGACGCGGAACAUACUGGCUCAAUUAUUGCUUUACCAGGUGGCGGACAAAAAUCUUCACCUGUUGGCCCUUCAAUAUUUUCUGGUAAGCAAUCUAGUGGUAUUAGUGGUUCUGCAGGAGAAACACAUUCCUCACUUCGAUCUGGCGGUGUUCUUUUGCCAGCCGGAUCGUCGUCAUCGAUUGGACAACUCAGAACUUACGGUUACAGGCAACCGGGUGCAUCUAUAUUCCGAGAAAGAAAUCGAGCGCUAUAUCGCCAGGCGAUAGCCCCCCAAUCGUUGCCUGGCGAAUACUAUCAACGCGACUUAAGAAAGGCUGCUGAUGAAAGUAGAAGUGAUGACGAUGAUGAUAUCGUUACUAAUGAUGAAGUUUACGAAACUGAUGAUGGGCUUCCGUUUGUGGCUGAAGUCAAGUCAUUGCCGUCGCGUCAUAGUAACCAAUUUAACAUUCAGGACAUUUUAGAGUCAUAUUAUAAUCAACUCAAUUUGAAUCAAGAUGGUCAUACUCUAAACCUAUUUUAUUAGUUUUAUGAAAAGUGAGUGAAAUUUUAAAGCGAAAACUGAAAGUCUUAACGAUAAAGCUAAAAAAAAUUAUGUAUAUUAUAAUUAUUGCCGUAUAAUUGAUAAUUUUUAUCUAUAAGAAGAGCUGGAAGCUUAUAACUGAACUUUCAAAUUUAAAUUUGUUAUAUUACAUUUGCAAAAAGCUACGUCCAGUGUACAUUGAUUGCAUAUGUCACACAUUUCAACACUAUUGGAAUGUACACUUGAAAGUAAUAAUCGGGAUAGUCGGAAUUGUAAUCUUUUCACAGGAUAUUUUACUUUAUUUUUCACCGUAGGAUGUGGUCCAUUGAAUAUGACCCCAAUCACGACACUCCAUACCUCUACAUUACGAUACAAAGAAUCUACGACAUUUGGACGAAUUCCAAUUUUUCCCAAUCCCGCUCUCUCCUAAAUCCUUCGCUACCUACAUAUGACCCUGUUCCCUAGCGUUAUUCUUCCGAAUAUUUCAUGAAAGAAAGUCCAGCCGAGAGUUACCUUUUAUUUCUGGUUGGGUUUAUUAGAAAACAUACAAACUGUAACAAUAAGAUUAUUCUGUGAUGCAUGUCUUAGAUGUAGAUAUAUGUUCGUUCGUUUUUACCUUUCGAUGUCUUGUACGUUUUCUCAUGAUUUUAAGGGAAAUUUUGUAGGGGAAAAACAAAAAAAAAAAAGAUAUCAAAAUAAUUUUUUCGAUGUGUGCAUAUGCUUGAGCUUCAACCUACAAAUGUUCGAUAUUGAAAAAUGCAAAAUAUUAUAGUAAUGCGAUUAGAACUGCAAUAGUCAAUCUGUGUCUGAUGCGUAUAUAUAUGUAAGUGCAUUCUUGUGUCGUUUUUUAACUUUGAAAGGACUUCAAGAAGAGAUACCAAUAAUCAAGUAUGUUUGUCCUCUCGUUAUUUUAAAGGGCUUGAUUGACCUUGAUCCUAUCGUAGAAGAUUCGAACAGAGCGUUCCCAAUAUUAGUUAUGUCAUCAUAAAUUAUUAUCCAGCGUCUUUAACAUAUUUUGAUAUCAUCCUGAUAUUUGGUUCUAUUCUAAAUAUAAUUAAUUUCCUUUUCAAUUACCUUCCUCUAAAAAAAACUUUUCUGUAUUCAUCACGCACAUACCAGGGGAUGUGAAUUCAAAUCACGUUCAUAUCCUCAGAGAAAAUUACCUCGCAUUUUCCUUCUUUGAUACAACUACUAGGUAACGCCCCUGCUAGCUUUCUUCCUCCUUAUGUAUAUACAUAAAUACAUACUCGUACAAAUAUCAGUAGCCGAUGGUGCGAUGGAAAGUAUAGUGAGAAGUAGAGGACCACACUUCAUAGCAAUUUAAUGCUUUUCUGCUUUGGAAAAGAAAAGGAAAAGAGGGAAUGUGGUUGUAUUUACCAAGAAAGUUUUGAAUGGUUGUGAUACUGUAUACGAUAAGAUAUAUCGGAAAAUAUUGGAGAAAUAAGCUACGAGGAAUAAAUGGAAGAAUUUUCAAGAUAGGUAAUCCACGGAAGCUUUGAAUAAUGUUCAUUUGUCCUACUUGCCUAAAAUUUGAAUGAAAUUUUCCCGCCUUUCAAUUCUGCUAUUGUUUGUUAUUAUUAUUACUAUGCUUCGGAAAAUACGAGAGCUUAAUUUGGAUCAUUUCACAAUAUUCAGCUCGUUAAAUUAUUUCACGGAAUUGUGUUAGCGCGAUAUUAUAUAAUAUGUAUUUAAUAUGAUGGUCAUAUAUAGGUUUUGCAAUUCUGAUUCAGAAUUUUUCAAAUCAAUUCAGAUUUUUCAAAAUGACUUAUAAAUCAAUUUUAGAUCUUUCUAUUUCCAAAUCAGAUUUUUCCAUUUUAAAUUCAGAAUUUCAAUUUCAAGGAUAAGGAUGGAGCUUAUGCAGUGCACUCAGUCAGCGCAGUUGAUCGAUUCUAUUGAAGUUACACUCUCCUCGAUAAUAUUGAAAUGAAGAGGAUAUUGUUGAAUAUCCGCAUUCAAAAGAAUGUUUUCCACAAACAAUUUGGUUUUAGAAAAAUCCUUCUCUGCUGGAUUUACUUGCGGGGAGUAGAGAGGGAGGGUACUUGCUGUUAAACCCGACCCACUCAUUUUCACCGUAACUGUUGAUGUUCUAUGAAUAGCUAUGCCGUUGGUGUUUUCCAUUUUUUCUUGCAAUUCCGUCGAAAAUUCUUUGAAACUGAUUGUAUUACAAUUUCCUACAAGGAUGAUUUUAAAAUGGACUACUUUUUAGUUACUCAUGGCUUUUAUGAGGGUCACAUUUCCUCCUUGAACUGUUGGUGCGGUCAAAUUGCCAAAUUAAACUAGCUUGGGUUCUACGAAAAUGAAGAUUGAAACCCGAUUUUAUAUCUAGAAGUCAUCAAAAACAACAAAGAUUAAGGAGAUUGUAUUUGUUCCCAGACUAUGAAAACAAACAAUUAUAGAAAAUUGUUGGGUAGCUCAUAUUCCUCUCACUGCAUAAGCCGCAUCCUUAUCCAAUGAUAACAUGUUGGCAUACCUAACAGUUGAACAUUGAAAAAAUUCCGAAUUUGAAAUGGAAAUUUCUUAAUUUGGGAAUGGAAAAAUCUGAAAUUGACUCUCUGAUACUCAACAUCAAUAUCUCCCGCCUAUCUCUUUGAAAAAUUCCACCCUCUGUAGAGGUAGAAGUAUGAAUAUAUUUUAACUUCAACAACCUCUACAUCUACUGAUGUGAACGACAUGUGGCGCAUAUCCUAUGCCUAAACUAUCUUUACCCAAAAAACCUUUCAGUUUAAAACACAUUUUCUUGACCCUUUCUAGUUGAACCGCCAAAAUUGGUAUUGGUAUUAUUUCCACUGAAUAAAAUUACUUUCUGUGUUUUUUUCUUGGGGUGGAGAAAAGGACGUCGCCGAGUUAGUAAGUCUGCGCCUUUGCGGCUGUAGAUUUACGCUCCUUGGCAAGGAUGGCAACGGAGAUUACUCCCGCGAUCACCAUCAGGGCCGGUUCUGAGACAGUGCGAUAAGCAGACGCCAUUCGGAACACCCUGUCUCUGCACUUGAGCAACGCGCUUACGAUACACCUGCUUGUUCCCAUCCCAUACAUCCGCGCCAUAGAGCACAACGGACUGCGUUGUUCCCUAUUCUGUGUUAACUGAUACUUUUGUAACAUAUCCUUUAAAUAAUUAACGAUAAUAUUCGACGUUUCUCUAGGGAGGGGUUGCAAAUCUAACAUUUUGAAUAAAACUAGGUAGCUUUCUCCUACUGCAAUAUAUUUUGUUAGUUAACAAAUAUGUAUUUCGAGAGCUACUUACUCUCUUCCUCAUUACUUAAGCUACAAUGGAAAGUGGGAACUCCCUCCGGGUCCGGAGUUUUUUCAAGAGCCCGCAAUAGAAAUUUCAAUGGAAAAAUGGAUAAUAUGGGGGCACAUAAUUUUCGCCCUAGACUCUUAGAAUUUUCGGGCCAGGUCCGAUUUUUCGCAUUAUUUUCACCCCGGACUCGGAGAGGUAAUGCUAUUGAAAACACUGUACCGUGGAUGCAGACAUACCGAAUCUCUCGAAGAACUGGUUAAUUAAGUUAGUGCUCACUGAUAGACGAAGUCGGAUUUGGCAUGGAGAAGGCGUUGAAUAGUCUCUUAAGAUAGUACUGCUAAUAGGCAAAGACAGAGAGGUCGUGCUAUUCUUCCAUCUAACGAUAUAGCGUUACUUAAAUUGCAGUGGUUGGGAUACGCACUUAUAAAUCACCUACGUCCUGAAUUUAACGCGGUUUCAAGCAGAAUUCCUUUUCGAGGCAAUCCUGUAUAAUAUGUCUUUCUCUUUUAUCUGUAAAAUAAAAUCGAGUCUUCUAAGGGCUAUCUAAUAGGUAAGUGGUGACAGAUUUGUUUGUUCGAUAUAUCUACUUUUUCGAUGCUUUUAUCUUUAUGUUGCGUGUAUAAGAUGGAAAUAAAUUUCCAUAUCAUUCCGAGGAAUCGUUUCCUUUCAACUAUCACUUCCAUAAUUUUAACAUAUUUUUGCGGGUGGAACUCCUUAUUGCGAAAAGAGUUGCUCAUUUCUACUGAAAUAUUCGAUUUUUAACGUGUGUACAAUUCUUUUGUGUCCGGAUAGCUCAGUGAUUAGAGUACAAAGCUGUCGUACAGAAGUUCGCGGUUCAAAUCCCACUGCUGGCAGUGGGAUACCAGUCGACUCAGCUGUGAAUCAGUA